AUGUACGACUCUGUUUCCAUUUUCUCACCAGAGAUCUUGGACAUUAAGCCCAAAGAUCUGCGUGUGAAAUUCCAAGCUGGUAUUACCAAUUUGGCCGCCAUAUCGUUGCAUAUUGUUGACGCAACUAUUUCUUCGACACCACGCAGUGUUGCCAAUGGUUUCAAGAAUCUAUUGGCUAUUACUGCUGCCACCGAAGUGGAUUUCAUGGAAGCUGCUACCAUCAAGAAGUUCAUCAAGGACUCCAGCAAGUUUAGUAAUGGCGCUGCUGCCAGAAAGAAACCAAAAAGGAGGAAUCGGUUUCCGAGGAAGACGGCUAUAUGGAGUUCGUUCUCUUCGAUAAAAUUUGAAUCGACUAAAUCAACACUAGAAACACUAUACACAAUAAAAUAG